AGAACGCUUGGCGCUGUUUUCGGUUUUAUGUCGGACGACAAGGCCGCUUCCCUUCAAAAUCGCUUUCGUUAUUAUCAACAAUGCCGGUGAAAAGCGGACCUCUCUUUUUCACUUUUAUCGUCUGCUGUUCCGUCUGGUCAUUUAGUGUUAAGAUACUUGCUACUGGAGACAAGGAGCAACAAGGUUUAUUUGCUGAAGUAAAAAGUACUGUAAAUAGUUUUGAUCAGGAAAUCAUCACCCCCAUCGAAGUGAAUGAAAAUGGCGAACCACUAGGUGAGCAUGGCAUUCGAGCCAGAAGAGACAUUCACAGUUCCAAUCGAAGAUAUUUCAUUCUGGAAGGUCUUCGAGAACGUUUCCAUCUGGAGGUGCAGUCUGAACCUGACCUUCUCGCGCCAACUUUCAAAGUAUAUCAUUUGGGUGGAAAUUCAUCUCGUGGUUAUAAAAAAGACAAACGAGAUCUGGAAAAGUGUUUGUUUCGGGGUCAGAUAAAGAAUCGCCCUAACUCUGCAGUGGCUCUGAAUUUAUGUGGUGGAAUGAGAGGUAUGUUGAAAACGGAAGAUUCUGAUUAUUUACUCGAACCUGUAAAUCACAAUGAAGAAGAUAGUUUUGCAACAGCCACACCUCACGUAUUGUCCAAAAGAUCUGUUACUGUGCCAUUGGCAAGUGAAUUGGAAAAGGAAAGUAUUAAGGAGGAAGAUCAGAAAUUCUUUUGUGGAAAAAAACGAAGGUACAUGCCUCAUCGACCAAGAAGGAAAGACCACUGGCUUCCCGGGGAAUUUGCUUUUGAAAAGUCGCAAAACAAUUCAGUCAAAGGUAGAACAAAGCGUUGGGCUGAUGGUCAUAAGACUACGAGGGAAGGAGACAAAAGGAGACAUUCCCAAUACAGAAAGAAGCGUAGGAGCGUUGAAACACUGGUUGUAGCUGAUAGAGAGAUGGUUCAGAAACAUGGAACUGAAAACGUCACAACAUAUUUACUAACUGUAUUUAAUAUGGUAGCUAUGCUGUAUCAAGAUUCAACUGUUGGUAGCAAUGUCAGCGUUAUUUUAGUUGGACUCGUUUUACUAGAAGGAGACGAGCCAGGACUUAGUUUGUCUCAUAAUGCCGAAAAUUCUCUAAACAGCUUUUGUCAGUGGCAAUCCACUAUCCACACGAGUAAAGGUCACCAACACGAUCAUGCUGUUCUAGUUACCGGGUUGGACAUAUGCUCUUGGAAAAAUGAGCCAUGUGAUACUCUGGGUUACGCUCCAAUAAGUGGCAUGUGCAGCAAGUACAGAAGUUGCACAAUCAAUGAAGAUUCUGGCUUAGCUCUGGCUUUUACUGUGGCUCAUGAAAUAGGACACAAUUUUGGGAUGAUACAUGAUGGUCAAGGUUCUUCACCAUGCCGGCGGAAAAGGGGUACCCUAAUGUCAGCUUCUCUUUCUGGACUGGAUACCAGUGUCCUGUGGUCGGACUGCAGUAAGCGGGACCUGGCCAAAUUCCUGGAGUCACCUAGAUCUUCCUGUUUAAAAAAUGAGCCAGAUUCUCCUGAUGAGUUGCAAUUUCCUAAUCAUCUUCCAGGACAGUUGUAUGACGCCGACAUGCAAUGUCGGCUGCAGUUCGGGACCAAAUCUAGACUUUGUGAACACUACCCAAGGCAGGGUGAGGUGUGUCGAGCUUUGUGGUGUCAAAGAAAUGGAAGGGAAUGUGAAACUAAAUUUCUACCAGCAGCGGAAGGUACUCCAUGUGGUAAAAAUAAAUGGUGUCGUAAAGGUGGAUGCGUUGACCGUGAAGUGGAAAGUUUAAAAAUUAUAGACGGCGGAUGGGGAUCGUUUAGUCUUUGGUCAUCGUGCUCUGCUUCUUGCGGUGGAGGUUUAAUGGUUAGGGAAAGAUUCUGCAAUUCUCCGAACCCAGCAAAUGGCGGUAGUUACUGCAAAGGUGAAGAAAGGGAAUAUCAAAUUUGCAAUGCCCAGAAAUGCCUUUCUGCUGUCGGUGACUUUCAAAAUGAACAAUGUUCAACGUUCAACAAACGUACUGUAAAAGGAAAACUGUACAAGUGGAAUCCUUACGGAAAAGAUUUAGGAGCUUUGUCUCGUUGCCGCAUAUAUUGUGUGCCAGAUAAAGACGAUUUGUAUUUAGUUUUAUCUACUAAACUGCCAGAUGGAACAUCCUGUAGCGGCAACUAUUCCAGCGUCUGCGUUGAUGGUGAAUGCAGAGCCGUAGGCUGUGAUGGAAAAAUAGAUUCAACUGUAAUACCUGAUCAAUGUGGAGUUUGUAAUGGUGAUAAUUCCACUUGCAAAACCAUUAAGGGAAAUUUUUAUACGUCCAAUCUUUCUGUUGGUUACCACGAAGUUAUUAAAAUACCGACUCACUCCAGGCAUAUUAGUAUACAUGAAUUGGACGAAACUUCAACCUUCUUGGCUUUAAAAAGCAAGAGUGGUAGGUAUAAACUUAAUGGUAAUUGGACAUUAGAUUGGCCAGGAAGGUAUAGUGUUGUUGGAGCUCUGUUCAGCUAUCGCCGUUGGCCUGGGAAACCUGAAAGUCUCUUAACUAAAGGUCCAACAAUUGAGGAUCUCAUAGUUGAGGUUUUAGUGCAAGAACCAGCAGAUACUGUCAUUCAUUAUGAAUUUGUCAUACCGUUGGCGGAGCACCAUUGGACGCUACAUAAUUCGUCUUGUUCAGUUACGUGUGGAAAAGGAAUUGUCUUAUUGAAGCCAAUUUGUGUGAACUCGAUGGGAGAGUCAGUCAAUGAUAUAUAUUGCGAUGAUACUAAAAAGCCUAAAAUCAAAACCUAUUCCUGCAAUGAAGCGAGCUGUGAAGCCAAAUGGUAUAUGGGUGAGUGGUCAUUUUGUAGUUUAAAUCCUUGUGAUCCUGGAAUUCAAACAAGACAAAUAUACUGCACAGAAAAUGGUAAGAAAGUAUCAAAUUCCAAAUGUGAUGAGAAAACGCAUCCUGAAGAAAUAAAAGAAUGCACGAAAGAUAAAUGUCAGUACUCCUGGCACACUGGACCAUGGUCAAAAUGUCGAGGAAAAUGUUCCAAUGGAUUUCAAACACGCUCCAUAACGUGUAGGCGAGAAACAAAUGGAACAGCUGAAAGCUUCUCUCUCUGCAAAGAAGAACUACAACCACCGUACAUGCGCAAAUGCAAGAUAAACGAUUGUGUGACACUUCACUUGAACCCUGAAUUCUCAUGGAUAGCAGGUGUUUGGAAUGAAUGUGAAGGAGACUGUGACAAAGGAAGACGAGAAAGAAAUGUAACCUGUGUUAAGAAAUUGGAUGGAAGCAUCCAGAGUAACAGCAAAUGUAGCUUUUAUCCCAAACCAGACACAAAACAAAAUUGCACUCUGCAGAAUUGCACCAAAUUAGAGUAUUCAAAUUGUGCAGAUCAGUAUCAUUGGUGCUCAACUUCAGUUAACCAGCGUCUUUGCAAGUUGAAAUUUUAUGCAACAAAUUGCUGUAUAUCAUGUAAAAAAAGGUGAUUGUAAAAGCAAUGUAGAAUAGUUCCAACAUUUUUGUCAUUUACUUUCAUAUUUGUCAGUAUUAAAAUGCAUCCCAUAAAA